AUGGCAGAGCUUGUUGCACCGGAAGAGCCAUCCAUCCCUGAUUCUUCCUCUGAACUGUCACCAGGAGGUCGUAGUUCAAGCCUGUCGUCGGGCGGUGUCCCGGAGGCGAAGCUCUAUGUGGAUCCUGCCUUCUUUACUGUCCACAAAUACAUUCUCAACGGGCACAAUUUGGGCCAGAUCCUCCAUUGGUAUCAGAUUGCCGUUACCAAAACGGUCAUCAACUUUGAUGUGGCCAUGAAUUACAUUCUCACCACGACCGAGGAACUUGAGGGCAUUCCGACGGAGGUGCUAGAAGAUAUCCGCCACCGAUUUGUAUGGAACGCUACUCGCCUCGAUAACCCUACCGUAGAAAUGUGUGGCAGGCUAGGCCAGCAACUCGCACUAGGAGACGAUAUUCAUGAUGACUCGAAGGAGCCCGACUUGCAACGUAUCGUUGUGUUGUAUCAAAUAGUAAAGUUCGUCAUUGACUGGGCCAACGGCGAAGCUCGUGGAUCCAAGAAGCGCCGCGGACACGGAUACAGACCGGAUGCUGUCAUCAUUCGUAAUAGCAGGCAGAUAGGUUUCCUAGAAGUAAAGCCUCCCGGCAGCUGCCAUACUGUGAGGGAGUACCUUCAUGACUAUUGGAAUUUGGCCAACCGCGCCAAGGACGCCAUUGAUAACCUUUUGCAACAGGGGCUUCCGAUCACCAAGGUGGCGGUCCAACCCUUCAGUAAGUGA